AUGGGAAGCAACGGAAUUCGCUUCUCAGUAACAGAUAUGUCACCACCCUUCUCCCGCAUCCUUCCAGCAGUACACAUGUACCGUGUAGAUAUUUCACUCUACGACGUGCAAUUCGACCCAGCAACUGGGGCGAAGGUUUCAAUUCCGCAGAAUGUUAUCGAGCGCGUGAUUGCUGCCCUUCUUCGUUUCAAGAUCGUUUGUGCCGACCUUGGAGUGCCGGAAAGCAACAUUCACGUUGUCGCCACUGAGGCGACUCGGGCUGCCCUCAACUCCACAGACUUUAUCAAGCAGAUCAAUUCUUCCACCGGACUUUCAGUUGAUCUUUUAAAGAAGGAAGAUGAGGGUCGCAUUGGUGCCUUGGGCGUUGCCAGUGGCUUCUUCAGCAUCGAAGGUCUUAUGAUGGAUCUGGGUGGAGGCAGCACACAAAUUACCUGGAUAAUGUCCGACGGCGGCAAUGUUCGUAUCAGCGCCAAAGGCUCCUUUAGCUUCCCAUUCGGAGCAGCUGCAUUAACAAAGAAGAUUGAAGGGGCGAAAAGAGGGAAGUCGAAGGAAGAGGCAGAGAAGGCACUAUCAAAGCUUCGGGACCAGAUAAUGAAUGAUUUUACCGACGCUUACGAAAAGCUUAAGGUCCCUACAAGUAUGGUAGAAAGGGCAAAGAGAGAUGGUGGAUUUCCUCUAUAUCUCUCAGGAGGGGGCUUUCGGGGCUGGGGAUAUCUACUGCUUUACUUGAGUCAGAUCCAUGGGAAGCCCCAUCCAAUAUCGGUCAUCAAUGGGUAUACCGUUAGCAAAGAGAGAUUCGAAGACACACAUUCCGUGGAAAAAGUAGCGCAGACCGCUCACUCCAUCUUCCGCGUCUCUGAUCGGCGGAGGCAACAGGUCCCUGCGGUGGCAUUUCUCGUCAGCGCCUUGGCUAACGCCAUUCCCCAUGGAAUCCGGACCGCGCAUUUCUGCCAGGGAGGCGUAAGAGAAGGAAUUCUCUUCCAAGAACUGCCCCCUUCUGUUCGGGCUCAAGAUCCGUUGGAAGUCGCUACGCAGAGAUAUGCACCUCGGUCUGCAGAUGACAUUUUCAACCUCCUCAAGUUCUCAAUACCGCCAGCAUCAGAAGACGGGUCAAAGCGUUUUCCGUACUCGAUCACUGCCCAUGUUAUUCGUGGAUUUGCAAAUAUCCUCUACGUUCACGCUGGUAUGGACAAGGAGCUUGCCUCUAUCUCUGCGCUCUACAGCAGCAGUACAGGUCUCAUGUCUUCAACUCGCGGGGUCUCACACGAGGAUAGGGCGAGGUUGGCGCUUAUGUUGGAGUCCCGAUACAUGGGAGAGCUGCCCCCACGGGAUGUGCAGUUCAAAGCGUCACUCCAGCGUUUGAUAACUCCUGAAGAAGCUUGGUGGGUUGCCUAUCUUGGUCGCGUUGGAUAUUUGAUCAGCCGACUCUAUCCAUCUGGCAGAAUCGAUGAGAUAAAGCCCCGAGUGGCGCUCUCCGCGGAGUGGGCAAAUACCCUGGGGCGCAAGGAAGACAAAGAGGGUGUGCGGCUGACGAUCUCGAUCCAGAAGGUGGAGCAUGAUCCUGCCCAGCUGAAAAAAGCCCUACAGGAGCACGUGGGAAUUGUGGAGAAGGUGGGGAAAAAGAAGAAUUGGGUAGGUGAGCAUGGCGGAUGGGGAAUGAAAGUGCAGGUUAAGGUUGUUGAAGAGAACAUUCUAUGA